UCAUCGUAAUGUGUGCCUCUCCAUCCUCGAUUCGUCAGAUCUUGUUGGCUGCUGAAGAACUGGGAAUGCAAGAGACUGGGGAGUUCGUCUUCUUCAACGUUGAGCUCUUCACAAGCAAAAACUCUACACAACGACCAUGGUACAAUGAGGAUGAUUCGCCAGAGAUUAACGGCCGAGCACGACGGGCUUAUCAGUCAUUGCUGACGGUAACUGAUCGGGUUCCGGACACACCAGAAUACGCCGAGUUUUCACGAGAGAUUAAGAAUAUAACCAGGAUGAAGUACGGUUUCAACUAUGGAGCUGAAGAGGUCAGUGCGUAUGCAACGGCAUUUCACGAGGCAGUUCUUCUUUACGCCCUAGCGUUGAAUGAAACUCUGGAAGAAGGGGACGAUAUCAUGAAUGGCAGAGUUAUUACCCAGAAAAUGUGGAAUCGCACAUUUGAAGGCAUCACAGGAAAUGUAAGAAUUGAUGAUAACGGAGAUAGAAAUGUCGAUUUCUCGCUUCUGGACAUGGACCCGGACACAGGAGACUUUCAGGUUGUAGCCAACUAUUAUGGUGUAACAAAGCAAUUUGAAAGAGUUCCUGGAAAAAAGAUUCAUUGGGCAGGCGGCCGGGAGGACCCACCGCCUGACAUUCCUCCGUGCGGUUUCGACGGAACAAAGUGUUCUAACGAAAAAAUCCCAAAAUACGCUAUCAUCAGUGGCCUGUUGUCGGGGUUUCUUAUCGCUCUGUGCAUUACUUCCUUCUUUAUUUAUAGACGUUUUAAACAGGAGGCGGAGCUUGUUUCGAUGACGUGGAAAAUAAAGUGGGAAGAAAUAACAACGUCUUCCUCUACGAAUAGAUAUCUAGGCUCCAGGACAAGUCUCGGAAGAAACAGUCUUUAUAGUUCUUGUUCCGAAGAGACUUUAGCUUCUGGCAUGAAAGGAAAACAGGUGUUUACAAAAACAGGUUAUUACAAGGGAGUCAUCGUUGCCAUAAAACCUCUUGUAAAAACUCGGAUCGAGAUCAAUAGACCUCUAUUGUUGGAGUUAAAACGGAUGAAAGAUUUGCAAAACGAUCACAUUGUUCGAUUCAUCGGAGCAUGCGUAGAUCCUCCAUAUUGUUGCCUUGUCACCGAAUAUUGCCCCAAAGGAAGUCUACAGGACAUCUUAGAAAAUGAAGAGAUAAAGCUUGACUGGAUGUUCCGCUGUUCUUUACUUCAAGACACCGUAAAGGGAAUGGCAUAUCUUCACAACAGUGAUGUUCGUUCCCAUGGCAACCUGAAGUCGUCGAACUGUGUGGUAGACAGUAGAUUUGUAUUAAAGAUCACAGAUAUUGGUCUUCACGCUCUUAGAACACCAGAGGAGAAUGACAAUAAAGAGACAUACGCCUAUUGGAGAAAGAAACUAUGGACAGCACCAGAGAUAUUGAGAAUGCCUGAUCCAACACCAGAGGGCACACAGAAAGGCGACGUUUAUUCAUUUGCUAUUAUUGCAAGCGAAGUGGUUGUAAGACAAGGUCCUUUCUACCUAAACGAAGUUGAUCUGAGCCCAAAAGAGAUUAUUGAACGAGUGAAGGAAAACAGGAAACCGCCGUUUCGUCCGUUUCUUGAUGAAAACCUUUAUGAUGAUGAAGUUAUACAAAUGAUCAAAAAAUGUUGGGCGGAAGAUCCAAUGGAAAGACCAGAUUUUCAUCUUCUCAAGUCUAUAGUUCGCCGACUAAGCAGGUCAGUUGCAAGACAGUUGAUCCAUGGGGAAGCAGUGACAGCUGAAGCUUAUGACAGCGUUUCCAUCUACUUCAGCGACAUCGUGGGUUUCACCUCAAUCUCUGCACAGAGUACACCGAUGGAGGUGAUAGAUCUAUUAAAUGAUCUCUACACUUGUUUUGACUCCAUAAUUGAAAAUUUCGACGUCUACAAGGUGGAAACCAUAGGUGACGCUUACAUGGUUGUUUCCGGACUGCCGAUGAAGAAUGGAAAUAUUCACGCCAAAGAGAUUGCCCGGAUGUCGCUAGCCUUACUUAAUGCAGUGAAGACUUUCAAGAUUCGCCACAGACCAGACGAUCAACUAAAACUUCGUAUUGGUAUUCAUUCCGGUCCGUGUGCAGCCGGAGUUGUGGGACUUAAGAUGCCCAGGUACUGUUUGUUUGGUGAUACAGUCAACACCGCGUCGAGGAUGGAGUCUAAUGGACAACCCCUGAAAAUUCACGUCAGUCCGAAAACGAAAGAAAUACUUGAUUUGUUUGGAACUUUCACUUUGGAACUGAGAGGAGAAGUAGAAAUGAAGGGAAAGGGGAAGAUUACAACGUAUUGGUUAGUGGAAGAGGUCAGUACGCCUUCAGUUUCCAACUUCACCAAGGACUCAUCUCUAACGCAGCUCAAGGAAGUAAAUAUCUGAAAGCUGAAUAUCCGGUAUUUGGUCAAGACGAAGAACUUUUUUUUGCAUAGAACACACAUGAGUAUGAAAGAAAGCAAGUGUGAAAAUGUAAAGGUCAAAAAUUAAUGCAUAAAACAAAAUAUGAAAAUACAAACCAAUGCGUAACAAAAUAAUUAAUUUAACCAUGAUACACUUCAGUUAUUAUUUCGUGCAACCCGUUUAUGAUGUUGUGAUUACCCCAAAAUAUUUAGUUGGAAGAUCCAUGAGUUAUUUACCUAAAUGAACUAAAUUUUAGCUUGAAUAUUAUGAAAUUUUGUAAGUUAUUAGGCUAAAAGAAGGAAAACGUUUUGUGUGUAUCUUGUUUCGCUAUAGUACGUAGUUGCGGAAUUUCCAGAAUUCCACAUUUGUGCGUUUUCAAUACGUUAUGUAAAUAAAUAAUGGUUUUAUGUGAGAAAUCUGCUGUAGAGCUGAAGGAUUCCUUUAGGUGUUAUUUUAGGUGUUAUCCUCUAGGUGUUACUCAAAAAAUUUUAGCAACUACGAUCAUCCUCAUUUCAGUUGCAGAUAAAGUACAGAAAAUUAGCUAUGUUGUUAUUGGACUAAAGCAACAAUUUACUGGUACGAUACUUAACACUAGUGGUCGUUUAUUGUUUUGUAAUUCUGUGUCUUUCUUCGUCA